GGUAACACCGAGCUGGAAACCUGACCUCCCCAGCCGGAUUGGUGCCUCUCCGCUACCUGCCCCGCAUAGCCCUCCCCUCGCUCCCUUGCUCUGCCGUCUCAGCGAUGGCUUCCUGGGCAGAUACGCUGGCCCUGUACAUGAGAUUCGGAUGUAUAGUCACCCUCGGGUGGGCAGAGCUGAACACCGAAUGCUACACAGCAAAUGGGGCCGACUACCGAGGCUGCCAGAACAAAACCUCAGACCACGGAGGAAAGCCCUGCUUGUAUUGGAAUGAAACCUUCCAGCACCCCUACAACACCCUCAAGUACCCAAAUGGGGAAGGAGGCCUUGGGAAUCAUAACUAUUGCAGGAACCCAGACAAUGAUGUGAGGCCCUGGUGCUACAUUGCUGAGCACGAAGACGGUGUGUACUGGAAAUACUGCAACAUACCAACGUGUCACAUGCCGGGCUACCUAGGCUGCUUUAAGGACAAUGGUGACCCUCCGCCACUAUCGGGCAGCAGUGAGACAUCCAACAAGCUGACCAUCCAGACCUGUAUUAAGUUUUGCAGGAGUAAGAGAUUUAAGCUCGCUGGCAUGGAGUCUGGCUAUGCAUGUUUCUGUGGCAAUGAUGCUGAUUACUGGAGACAUGGAGAAGCAAACAGCACCGAAUGUAACCAUGUAUGCUUUGGUGAUCACACUCAGCCCUGCGGAGGGGAUGGCAGGAUAAACAUCUUUGAUGCAAUGAUCGGGGCCUGCGGCGGGAAUUACUCCCUGGAUGCUGGCAUCAUUUACUCCCCUGAUUUCCCUGACAACUACGCCAGUGGCAGAGUGUGCUACUGGACCAUUCAAGUGCCGGGUGCUUCUCUCAUUCGAUUUGACUUUGCCCUGUUUGACAUCAGGGACUCGAGUGACAUGGUGGAGUUCCUGGACGGUCACAGCCACCAUGUCCUCGCCAGGUUCGAUGGGAGGAACCGGCCAAAUGAGAGCCUGAAUGUGUCGGCCAGCUUUGUGAUCUUGUACUUCUACUCCGACCGGGUGAACCAAGCUGAAGGCUUUGCUGUCUUGUACAAAGCCAUUAAGGACGAACCUCAGUCCCAGCCUCCGAUAAGCAAGAAUGAUCUAAAUACAUCUGACAUGUUGAUGGAGAAAGUCAGUCCUGGGACCAACUCGGCACGGUCAUCAAAGAUUCUCUACUUCAUUACAGCAAGUCCCAACCAGCCAAACCAGAACAUGCCAGUGUGGACCAUCUAUGCCUUGGCAGCCCUGCUGACACUGACAGUGAUAGCAAUGGUCUCAAAGAUUCUUCUCCAUCUAACAAUAAAAUCUCGUAGAAUUCCUACACAGAACAGUUCGGAGAACUGCAGCCAGCCAUCCCCAUCGGAACCCUGGGUCAUCACCUACAAACCCUCAACUAUACUGUUCUUUAAGAAAAAGCUGAAGGAUCAGCAUGGAGAUCGAAGUCCACUUGUGGGUGACUAACCCACUGCAAUGACAGAGACCACCACUAGUCCUUGAUGUGAAACUACCACCACUAGUCCUCGACAUGAAAGCUCCUUUAACUUAUCUUUCAGUUGCAACAUCUGGCACUUUGAUACCUCAUUGUGAAGGUGACUUUAAGCUCACUGAAUUAAGCACUUCACAGCGGACACAGGCAUUAUUGCAUGUCCUUUCGAAACACCAUCAGACCAGUUGACUAGCAUCUCCAAAACAAGUGUCCAAUAAAAAUCCAAGGUCUUGGAAAUGUUGGUACAAGGUGUUCCUACAGUUCAUAGAUAUUUGCUUGAAGAUCUACUGGGCUCUAAUAAUGGACAGUUGGCUCAUCUGGCUCUCAGAAUCUUAGAUACUGAUUCAGAUUGGUGUCAAAUCAAUUCUUCGAGCAAGAACACUUUUGCAGAUGAUUCCUCUGUCAAAUCAAUGCCAGGACUAUACAGCUCUUCUAGUCCAUGCUUGACUGCACUAGUUCGUUGAACUCUACGGGUUAUUUCUUGUCAACUGCAGAAGAUUAAAAUGCUUUCACAACAAACCUCCUCUUAAAUUCUUGAACAAUCAAGUUCUGGGAAAAGACUAUAUAAGUUUCCUGCAGGAAACUGUUGCAAAAGCAGCAGAAAUAGGCUCACUUUAGCCUUUGAAGUCUUUGAUGUAUCACACACAAGCAGAUUGCAGGACAUUGAAAGAAUCACAGGAAGGAUCCAGGAAUAUAUUCAACUCUAUAUGUCUACAACAGCCGUCCAUUGGGAAUAAAAAUCCAGGAAUGGACUUUGUGCAAAACAUAAUUCCCCACUUGCUACAGCUGGCAAUGCUGGUCUGGUGGAGUGAGUUGGUAAUGGGUCAGUUAUGUUGGGGUUGUCUCCAUAUGGCCAAACUGUAAUGAUAAUCAUGUCUCUCCUGCCUCUCUAGAAAAGCUUAAAUCCAAAAUAAGGAUGUGUGUGUGUGUGUGUGUGUGUGUGUGUGUGUGUGUGUGUGUACAUACAUAAUUUUGUUUAUUUAAAUUUACUCCUCUCUUUAUUAACAUCUCACUGGUGGACACUUCACUUUGCACUCCUGUCCUGCUCCUACUUCUAAGGUGUUACUGGAUUCAUGAGGAGAACUGUUAACGCCUGUUGUUGACUUUCCCUACAAGAGGAAAGCAUCUAACUCUUGUUCAACACCUAUUCCAUACACUCUCUCAUAACCCUGGGUAUUGAUGAAAAUUCUGCACCUUUAUCUCCAAGAAAAAGCACUUAUGUAACUAAACCACCACCAAAAUGAAGAAGGACUUCAAACUGAUUUUGUUGGUUGAAAUCAUCAGUUAAGUCAGGCAGAGCAUCCAUUGCUCAGGGAGGCAUUAAUACAUCAGGGUCCUGAAGACGAUCUGUAAAAGAGUAUCAUUAAGGACAGUACAAAUGCAGGAAGAAAUUCUACACAGGGGUGAAAAGUUCAAACUUAAUUAAGCUCUUUCAAUAUGAUGUUGUAAACUCCUUGUUUCCAGUCAAUUGUGCAGAGCCAUUAUAUGGUAGAGGGAGUGCUGACAUUGGCCUGAAAUUGUCCCUGGCACCUCAUUAUCAUUGAUGGAUGAGCUACUGUUGGAUGUGGAAGGACAGGAACAUGGAAGGGGUUGGGACCUGAGGCAGCAGGCAGUCACCGUAUAGGAGAUGACCGACACACAUUCUCAUCGACUUGCUCCAUAAAAGUUGCCACAUUUUCUUUACAGCACAUUUAUUUUGGUAGUAUAUUUAAGCAUAGUUUAUAUGUAGUUUACUAAUUCCCCUAAUAUUGGCCUUUGGUGUGAAAAACAUAUGAUAUAGAUUUGUUAAAAAAUAUGGUUGCCACCGUAGCAUAGUGAUUUAUGCAGCUCUAUUAUAGCUCGGGACAUUCUCUGCAGUUCAGGGUUCAAUUCUGGCACCUUCUGUAAGAAGUUCCUAUGUCCUUCCCAUGUGAGUGAGUGAGGACCUCCGCCAAUCGGAGUUGACCAUGGAUGUUACCUCCUAGCUGUCUAGAUUCACAGGCUUGGACAGUGCGAUAUGGAGAGCAAGCUGUUCCCAUGCGGUAGGCUCCCCCUCUCCACACAUUUGAAGAACCCAAAGGAACGGCAGAGACCGAUACAGCAGCGUCACAAGACUUGCAGUUUGAGCCAGUCAAGAUUGAACUGAAUAUUCACCCUUAGGGACUCCAGCUCUGGACUUUUCCCUUGGUGUUUACUCCCGAAGCCUUCACCAUUAGUGGGUAUAACUGCAAGGCAGCAGCGGUUUGAGUUCAAAGUUUUCCUUCUCCUAGAUAAGCUGUCAACCACGGCUGAUGAGCCCCAUCUGCCCAAAGUGACUGGUUUUAAGGCACCAGUAACCCAGCUUUUCCCCUUCUCCUGUCAGUAGAAAUGACUCCACUGGGCUUACUAGCUAAGCCACUGUGAAGGCCAGGAACUGGACUUGUUUGUCAGAAGCUAUUUGUCCUUCCCAUAAACAUGUGGGUUUCCUCCAGGUGUUCUGGUUUCCUCCCACAUUCUCAAGAUGUACCAGUUAGUAGGUUACUUGGUCAUUAUAAAUUGUCCUGUCAUUGGGCUAGGGUUAAGCAGGUGGGUUGCUAAGUGAAUGCUUGUUGGGCUGGAAGGGCUCUAAAUAAGUAAAUUAUUAAAAUAGAAUAGGUAGAAGGAUAUAACUUCUUCAGCCUGUUCCAUCAUGCACUGAGAUCGUGAUUGAUCCUCAAACUCAGCAUGAUGUUAACCAAAUCCCUAUAAUCCUUAAAGCCCAAAAAUCUCAGCACCAGGUGUAUUCACUGUCUGGGUAUCCAUUAAUUGCUGGAUUAGAGGCGUCUGUGAGGAAAAAAAAAGUUCUUCUCACUUCAAUACAAGAUGGCAAUUAUUUCAACCUGAGACUACAUCCCUACUUCUGGACUCCCGAUCUGGAGCUUUCUCAACAUCUGUCUCUCUUAUACUAGUUUAUACUACACUAAGGUGGUCUUCCAUCUUGAUUCCCAAGAGGGCAUGUCCAGCACUUGUUUCAUGCUUGUCAAGGGGUCAAUAUGCUUCCAUUGGGAUGAUGGUAGAGGCAGAUACAUUAGGGACAUUUAAGAAACACUAAUAUAGGCACAUGGAUAAUAGAAAAAUGAAGGGCUAUGUGGGAGGAAAGGGUUAAAUUGAUCUUAGAGUAGGUUGAAAGAUUGGCACAACAUCGUCGGCUGAGGAGCAGUUACUGUACUGUUGGGUUCUAUGUUUUAUUUUAUUCUGGCAACUGAUUAAUUUAGCUGGGGAUGUCAAGAUUUAUAUUAAUUUACCAAAAAAGAGAACCCUUAAUAGUAAUUCAAAGAGAGUGCGAUGCAAGGAAGAGUAUGUACAGGUUCUCUAUCGGAAGGAAGUGCUGCUGAUUGUGGGAGUUCAGUACAGUGCACCAGAACAGCACCUGAAUAGAGACAGAAUGGCGUCUUUCACUUCUGAGGUAAAUGUCAGUGUUCGGAGCUCUGGGCUAGUCAUGCAUGAAAUUACACCCUGCCAGACAUUAAAGAUAGACCAAAGCUAAUAAACCUCAGGCUAAAUAUCUCAGAUAUCUGCUACAAACAGUCAGCCUUUUCAAUACAUCAAAGGCCAAAGUGAAUGUUGCUAGUUGCUAAAAACCUCUCCCUUUUGUUGUAUAUAUAUUGUGACAGGAUUACGAAAAAUAUUGUUUUUACCCCUAAGCUACAUUAAUCAUAAAUGCACUGAAAUUAAGCAAGGUUGAAAUAAAUUAUUUUAUGAGAAAAAAAUUGAAUAUAUUUGCAGCAUUUGGCUUUUUAAACCACCAUCUAAUCAGAGUUAAUGAGUGAUGACAUUUUGACAUGUGCUAGAACCUACUGGUAAAGUGUCAGAAUCUUCCUAUGUCAUCUUACAACUCAGUGGGAUUAUUUUUCUGAGGAGCACUGGUAAUACUAAGAAAAAUUACUGUGGGGGAAAUGAAACAAUAUCCACCUCAGGUGGUCAAUGUGAAACGUAUCCAGUAAAAGGUGUGAAAAACAUAUCAAAAAUGUCAACAAGAGCUUCCUUGAUAUUCCAACGCACAGGUGUGUAUGUUACUGUAUAAGUUCAUACAGACUUAGUCCAAAAUGAGAAAGUACAUUUAAUAUUCAGAGAAGUAACAUGAAACAGGUUAUUGAACAGGAUAGAGGCACGGAGUCACACAGAAAAAUGGAUUCAGUCCCUUGACAUCCUUAAAUAAUCAUCUUAUUGUAUUGGCUUGACACUUACAGCCUGAAUGAAGUCCAGCAGUGAAAGGACCAAGUUUAGUUUUGGACUUUGGAAGUGUGCUUUAAAUGGUCGAGUUAUUGUGAAAGUGCAUUACAUGCCCAUUUGUGAAAGUGUCACCUGUAAGAUUCCUGAAUAUUUCUUCAAAGGAUCCCGUGAACAAUACAGGGUCUCUCAUGUUGCAACACAGGACUUAGAGAGCUGCCAGUGGGAUCCAGUUUGAAGUUACACAUUAUAAUACAUUUCAAAGGUUGCAUUUCUGGACGAGUUUUUAAUUACUUUUAGAAUGUGAGUGGCAACAUGAAUUUUCAAGCUUUUUGAGAAUGAACAGGUCUGCAUACUUGGCAUAAAAAUACAACUGCAGAUGCUGUGGAUCAAAGAAUACGUACACAACGCUGGAAGAACUCAGCAGGUCAGGCAGCAUCCGUGAGAAAAGAGUAGCCAACGUUUCGGGCCGAGACCCUUCGUCAGGAAUGUUCUUACAUGCACUGUUGUUAUUUCUUCUGCCAAAGUUGGCUUUUAAUUAGGGUAAUUGAGCAAAGAUGAUUAAAGUAGAACAUGGCUUAUCUCUUACUUUGCAUGGGAUGUUUUCCCGAUUUUUGUUUGUUAACAUUAGUGUGUGGGAAGAAUUUGGACUUGUUGAAAUGUCAUUGUGUUUAUCAAGAACAAGGUGAUGUAUUGAUUGGAAUGCGGUUAGGCCUAGUGAUUGCUCAUUAGAUUUUUCAUUUGAGAUAAUUGGCCCUGCUUUUCCUACGAUGCCUGUUGCCUCACUUUGGUUGAGAGCAUGUCAUUGCUCUGGCCCCAGACUUUUCCAUUUUAGCUGUUAUUAAGUGAACAUUACGGUAUUAAUGUAGCUGAGUGGAAUAAAUUCCAACAAACUGAAAUAUUCUGCAGUCAUGAUGCAGUUUGGAUUUUGACUGACUGGCCUCUGAGAGCUCUGGACAAUCAAUGGCAUUUUUUAAAUUCAUAAACAUUGCUGGGGUUUUGAGGCCAUAAGUGUUCACCUCAGAGGCGAUCAAUAAUAGAUCAAACCACUGCACUCCCCAUUAUCAUAGACUGUACCUUGUGUUAUCCAUCUUCAGAUAUAAUUUCUCCCUUACUCCUGUACGUUGCCUUGUUACUGAUCUGACACUGAGGAAUAGGGCUCUUGCACUUGAGAUUUGGAUUUUUGACACCGUCAGAAACUUUGGAAUAAAUGGAUAAAGUUAAAGGGGAGGAGACGGCUGGCACAAUGGCAUAGAUAGUAGGGCCACAGUUUUGCAGAUGCAAUGAUCUGGGUUCAGUCCUGUCUCUGGCACUGCCUGUGUGAAGUUUUUCUGUGACCAUAUGGGCUUUCUCUAGAUACACUGGGUUGCUCCCAUGUCCAGUGGUACUCCAUAUAUAGUGGUAAUUGGCCACUGUAAAUCAGAUGGAUGAUGGUAUCUUUGGAAUGGUAGGAGGGUGCAGUUGAUGGGAAUAUGGUGAGUGUAGAUUACAAGGGAAAGUAGUGGAGGGAAAAGGAUUGCUGUGUGAGCUGGAACAGACUCAAUGGUUGAAUGGACUCGAAUAUCAGUCGUCUGUAUGAAUAUUAAGUAAAAUGGAAAUUCUCGACAAGCCAGGCAGCCUACGCAGGGAAAAUCGAUACAGAAUUGACAUUUCAGGCCUACAAGAAUGAAUUCCUAUAUUUGCAGUAAAAUUCUAAUUAUCCAGCAAGCUUUGAUAAUGCAGGAUGAGUAGGUUUCUGGACUACUGGAUAUUAUACUGACAGAGUUGAGACAGUGUAACCAGAGGAAAGCUGCCAUCAUGAUAGGAUAGUUCAGAAAUGGGGCACAUAUUCAAUCUUCUGGACAAAAGGCCCAGACAGAUGAGAGGAAAAUCUUGUCUUGACAUUGGUAAUAUCUGAAAUUCAUUGAAAACAAAUCAAUUAGAGUUCUUAAGAGGGAAUUGGAUAGGCAUUUGAAGGAAUACACUUUGCAAAGCUGUGGAAAGAAAAAUGGGGACUGGGUUGAGAUUGCUUUACUGGAGGACAAUGUGGAUUCAAGGGCCAAAUAGACUACUUUUAUGCCACAAUAAUUCUAUGAGUCGUGAAACCUUAAAUUCUAGUGUAUAAUACACUCUUAAUCUGCAUUAUAUAGAUCAUAUUGGUAUUCAAGUUACAAUGCAUUGUAAAGGCCAGUUUUGCAAAAUUGGUAUCCAAUAGAGAUUCAUAUACUGGAUUUUAUUGUGGUCAUUGGACAAUGAAAGCAUACUUGCAUAAAUCAGUCACUUGUCCCAAUUUGUUUUUGUCACCCUUGUCUUAAUUUUUCUAAGGACUGUUCCUUUAGUGUUGCAUUAAGCUUUGUUUUCUAAAACUAAAGAGUGAUUCCACUUGCUACAUUGGAAUUUAUGAUCAUUAUAAUUUGACGAUGUGUUUUUUAUACCUUGUGAUUAGACUCAGAUUAUCCCUUAAACUCUGUUUGGGCCAAGAUUAUCUGUAAGGGCUGAGCCUCUGUUCAGUGUAUUGUCGGAUAGACAGACCAAUGGUCCCAUUUUCUGUGUUUCCCCUUUUUUUGGGGCUUUGAAUCCAAUUAAUGCAUCAGAUCACUUUUCAUUAAGUCCCCUUGGCCAUCUUGAGGAAAGCAAACAACAAUACCUGUCAAAAUUACCAUUAAUCCUAAACAAAAUGGGCAGUAAACAUAAGGUACAUUUUACACUACCAUUGCACAAUUCAACAACUUUAAGGAAAAGGAUGGUUGGGAAGCACUUAGAACCAAUCUUUGAAUUAAAGGGAGGAUUGCAUUUUCUUUUAUGUUGGAAACCAUUGCCAGGAAUACCACUGAUCCCUUUUACAAUAAGCAAAAAAAAACAAGUGGAAAGUGUUCAUGGGGAGAGAAAUUCCUUUCUAAGAUCAUAAGAAAAUGGAAUUAAGCUUUUUUUCUUGAUAGGCCUUUCCAGAUAUGUUAAUAUAAAUCUCCACAAAAGUGCCAAAUGCUAAUCUUGGCAGAAUAUUGUCUAUAAAUGUUAGACACUUGCUACAAAAUAUAGAGAGAAUAUAAUGAGAUAAGUCUUUCCUGGAAAGAAGUUACAAAAUGUGGAAUUUAUUUUAUUGAGAAAUGUGUUUUGGAUACAUAAAUAUUUCUAAAGCAUUUAGAAACUGAAAUUAUCUUCAAUUUUACUUGGUCAUGCUUUGGAAGAUAAGACGCAGAUAUCUGGUGUAAAGUUAUAUUCUACUGGGGAACUUCUUAAGCUCCUUUCAUGUCUCCCAUUCUCCAUUAAGAAAGUGGAAUUAUAUAUGAAGAUAUUAUAAGCAAUAAUUUGUACAGUAAAUUAUUCCUUUUUCUAUAUGUAUGGGAUGUCAAUAUUUACAACUUAA